CGGCACCUCCUCUCUCCGUCCCUCCCUCCUCCUCCUCCUCCUUUCCCGGUGCGCGGCCAUUGCAGUGACCCCGGCCGGCCGAGGAUGAUCACGAACACGCGGGGCUUCUUGUGGUCGGACCUGGAGACGCGGGCGCUGCUGGAGAUCUGGGGCGAGGCGGACGUGCAGUCGGCGCUGGACGGCAACUUUCGGAACAGCCAUGUGUACCGGGACGUGGCGUGCCGCCUGGCCGAGCUGGGCUUCGAGCGCACCCCGGAGCAGUGCCGCAUCCGCAUCAAGGGCCUCAAACGGCAGUACUACCAGGCCCGGGACGGGCUGAAGAAGAACGGGCACGCCCGCAAGAUUUGCAAGUACUACGACGAGAUGGACCGAAUCCUCAGCUGCCGGGGGGGGCCUGACGGAGCACCCGAGCCGCCGCCCCCUCUGCCCGACGGUCCGCAGCCCCUCGGAGGGCCGCCCAGUCCGGGCGCGCUGCACAACGGCCGCGAGAACGACCCCGAGGCGGACGAGGACGCCGGGCUCGAGUCCCCCCGCGACAACUUCGCCGAGGACUCCGGGGAGUGCUCCUCGUACGCCGAGCGCCCCAUCAAGGUGGAGUGCCCCCCCUUCGCCAUCCCGGUGCCUCCCGGAGACGGCUUUAAAGAAAUGAGCGCUCCGACGGUUACCCCGCCUCUCAGUCAGCCCAAAAGAUCAAAAAAGCGCCAUGCAAAUUUAACGUUGGAUAAAAUGAUGGAGAAAUUCCUGCAGCAGAGCGUGGAUACAGAAGAAAAAUUUUAUAGAUACGAAGAGCAGAGGCUCAAAAUUGAGGACAAACGUCGUGAAGCUGAGCACGCUCGAGAGCUCCAGAUGCUGCAGAUGUUGGGACAGAUGUUGUCAGGAAUUUCUUCGACGGUAUCACAAAGGGCACAGUCUAUACCAACGAGUCCACCUCAGAGAGCAAACCAUCGUUCUUAUGGGGAUAACUUUAAUUAUAAUGCUAUGACAGCAGCACUUUCUCCGCCGAUAGUUAUAGAGAGAUCUUUUUCACUGCAUCGAAAUCACACUCUAAAGGAUAUGGAGAAUAUUUUUCAACUGGUGCGCAACGUUAUUCCUCCUCUAACUGGGAAGAGGCAUAAAGGUCAAGAUGGACGUAUAGGCAUUGUUGGAGGAUGUAGAGAAUACACAGGAGCACCAUAUUUUGCUGCAAUUACAGCUCUCAAAGUGGGUGCAGAUUUAUCCCAUGUGUUUUGUACCAAAGAUGCAGCAACAGUAAUCAAAUCAUAUAGUCCCGAGCUGAUUGUUCAUCCAGUUCUUGAUAGUCCCAACGCUGUGCAUGAGGUGGAUAAGUGGUUACCACGACUGCACUCAGUUGUCAUAGGACCUGGCUUAGGCAGAGACGAAGCUUUACUUGAAAAUGCUAAGGCUAUUAUAGAAAAAUCAAAACUGAAAGGAAUUCCUAUCAUUAUUGAUGCUGAUGGAUUGUGGCUUAUUUCCCAGCAGCCUUCUCUUAUUCAAGGGUACCAGCGAGCUAUUCUUACUCCUAACUAUAUGGAGUUUAGCAGACUAUAUGAGGCCAUGCUUAGAGACCCCGUAGACAGUAGUGAUCAUCAUGGAUGUGUUUUAAGACUCAGCCAAGCCUUGGGGAAUUUGACAGUUGUUCAAAAGGGAGAACGAGAUCUUAUUUCAGAUGGAGAGAAAGUGCUUGUGUGCAGUCAUGAAGGAAGCAGCCGGAGAUGUGGAGGACAAGGAGACCUCCUUUCUGGUUCCCUCGGAGUCUUAGCACACUGGGCAUUUCUGGCUGGAGCAGAAAAAACGAACGGUCAAAAUCCCUUCCUCGUGGCUGCAUUUGGAGCUUGCUCUCUGACGAGGCAGUGCAACAACCAGGCCUUCCAAAAAUUCGGACGUUCAAUGACAGCCUCUGACAUGGUUUCAGAAGUUGGAACAGCUUUUAGCAAACUUUUUGAAACCUGAGGUCAGAGCAGCCGAGAAGAGAAGGAAGACCGACGACUGCAAGAAUCAUUGCAUUUACAGUAGAAUUUAAGUAAUGCACCCUGCAAGUGCUGUAGCAGCAUCGGUAUGCUAGGUAGAUUUUUUUUUCAUUUUUAAGAAUAGAAAAAUAUGAUUAAUGUAGAUAUUUUUUAAGAGUUUGGAAUACAGAAAUGUUUUGGCUGAAAUAAGCUGUAGUUGCAGAUCUGUUAUAAUAUAAUAAAACUAAGCUGAAAGUA